AUGAAGUCCCAUGUGUGCCAGUAUCCAGGCUGUAGUAAAAGCUUUACCCGUGCUGAACAUCUGCGCCGACAUGCACUGAACCAUGAACAGCCGCGCCAUGGUUUUACAUGCGAGCGCUGUUCUGUACAUUUUCAGCGGCCAGACUUACUCGAGCGCCACAUACUUCGCCAUGAGAAACGGGAUGAAGAGGCAGGAGGACCGGGGAUGGGCCUCUUGAAGACGCGCAAGCGCACCCGACGAGCUGGCGACGGCUCAAUUGUGGUACGGCCAUCGCAGCGAGAGACUCGAUCGGCCGCGAGGACAUCGACAUCGAUCGCGAGUUCUGAUCAGGGUCUGAUUGAAGAACCUGAGAACUUGAUUCACCAUGCUCCCCCGUCUCCUCCCGGCUCCGGGACCGACCCGACCUCGAUUUCCAUUGAUGAGAAUGAUCCGUUUAUUGCACCAAUGAUGACAGGAGGCCCAUUUGAGCCUUAUGUAGAGCCGGUUCCUGGCCAAUUUGAUGCAGCAGACGGGUCAUAUAACGUUGGACCGGGCGAGAUGGGGGAUUUCUUUGGCAUGGAUACCGGUAUGAAGUUUGUCCGUGGAAUUGCUCCGAAAAGCCAUCUGACCUGUGUAGCGACCGACUUCAAUCUACCCUUUGCGGCAACCUGUAAUUACAAUUGGUUGUUCGAUGUCGCCUCUCUCGAUGACGCUUUCCACCAUUUCGAUUUCCCUCUCGGAUUCGACACAGUACCCUUUGCUGAUGGAUUGGAGCCCGCCAAUAAUCCAGCCAUCGGCAAGUACAGUGAACCUUCGCCAAUAUUAAGCGUUCCACCUACCGGGGGUCCUUUUCAUACCCCUCAAGCUAGCUUGCCAUCCACUGAUCUCGUGGAGAUGGAAUGGAUGUCUGGAUCCUCUUACUUGGGAGCUGACCCGCCCCCGCUCUUGCCACGCCUGAGUGAAGAAGCACGCGCCGGUAUUCUGUCCAUUGUGGCCCAGACUCAUCCUCUAGGGAUCGAUGGGCAGCCGAUGGCGUUGAGCUCGCCACUGCUCACAUUGAAUGCUUUACAAGACUACUGCGAUCUCUUCUUCACUCGGUUCAAUGCAACGUACCCAUUGGUUCAUCAGCCGACAUUCAAUCCAAGCACCGUUGACCCUAUUUUCCUCGCCUCCAUUCUCUUUAUGGGCGCUACGUAUAGUACCCGCCAAGCUCAUCAACUCGCGGUCGGAGUUCAUGACAAGCUUCGAAUCCAACUUCUGGGCCACCCUGACUUCUCAACCCAACCGGAUCUCUGGGUUUUACAGACAAUGUUGCUCAUAGACUGCUUUGGCAAGAUGAGAGCAGGCCCCAAGCAGCGCGAAAAAGCUCAGCUCUUCCAUUGUGUACUUAUCAAGCUCAUUCGACGCAGCAACUGUUGCAACAUCCAAGACGCCUCUCAUUUGGCUCAAUCGGAAAACCUAGAGCAAGGUUGGCGACAAGCCAUGGACCUUGAGCAAAGAAAGCGGCUGGCUAUGCUUUGCUUUAUGUGGGAUACGCAGCACGCCGUCCUUUUCUCACAGUCCCUAUGCAUGUCUGCCUUCGAGAUCAGAUCCUGCUUACCGUGUAGCGCUGCCGCAUGGGAGGCCUCGUCUGCGCGGGAAUGGGCGCGUCUAGCAACCCGCGAGACCAGCCGGCGGUUUCUUCCUGUGCUGAAGGGGUACAUAACACCCCAGUCACUGUCUCGUCCACGCGACCUGAACGUCUUCGCCCGCGCUGUCGUUCUCCACGGGCUGAUGUCUGUUUCGGCAGACUUGAAGCGCCGGGACCAGACAACGCUUCGAUCGGAGACCCCAGACAAGGUUGGAGCAUGGACUCCGCGUAUGCUUCGCUCGUAUGAUCUCUGGAAAGUUGAUUUCGAUGCGGAUUGCCUCGCCAUGAAACUUGCUCAGACGGCGGAUCAACGACGCUUCACAGGGCUCAAAAUGGCCGCGUAUGCACUAUAUCAUGCGGGUUGUUUGGCCUUGAAUGUUGAGGUUCUGGAUCUGCAGAUUGUGGCAGGUGCGAGCCAAAUCCUUGGACGUGGUGUCACGCCAGCGGAUCAAUCGCGGUCUCAUAAUACCAUUCUGCAGUGGCUUCAUGGAAGCUCUGGGUCAUCACUGGCUGCCACGCGGCACUCCGCGGCCUUGCUACAAGAUGCUGUACUCAGCCUUCAUGACUGGGACCAGACAGAUGCUUUCCACUUCCCUUGGUGUUUGUACCUGGCAACACUGACCUGUUGGGUCUUCCACCGGGGAAUGGAUUUGUCUUCAUCCGACCAACGCAUGACGACGGACCUCUCUUCCUUGAUUGUAACAAUGACCAAUUGUCCUAGUGAAUCAGAGCUCGCGGCGCUGUCGGGAAAGUUCGAUCCGAAACCCCUUACAGCCGCCAUGGCACAGCAACUAGCCACGGUACGCUGGGCGGUGGUACACGACGCAAUGAAGGUUCUAGUGGCUUUAUCUUGA